AUGGGUUCUAUGCCAGCACAGAAGCGCCCAAAUUUCCUCGUUAUCGUCGCAGAUGAUCUAGGAUACAGCGAUAUUUCGCCCUUUGGUGGUGAGAUCAAUACGCCCAACCUCCAAAAGAUCGCGGAAACAGGAGUUCGCUUGACGAACUUCCACACUGCAUCAGCAUGCUCGCCAACAAGGUCAAUGCUGCUGUCAGGCACCGAUAAUCAUAUUGCAGGCCUUGGGCAAUUAGUGGAACACAUGGCGGUCAAGCAGAACUACGAAGGAAAACCUGGCUACGAAGGCUAUCUCAACUUCCGUGUUGCUGCAUUGAGUGAGAUUCUACAAGACGCCGGAUACCGAACAAUCAUGAGCGGGAAAUGGCAUCUCGGCCUUACCAAGGAGACGUCUCCCUGUGCGCGCGGCUUUGACGAUUCGUUCGUGUUCCUUUCCGGUUGCGGCAACCAUUACAACUGGGAACCACAACUGGAUAAUCCCAAGGAUGCUAUCUUCACUCCAAUGUAUGCAGACAAAUUUUGGAUGCGUGACGACAAGUACCUCAACCGCGACUCGAGCGACGUUCCAGCAGACUUCUAUUCAACAACUUCAUUCACCGACGAACUGAUAAGCUAUCUCAACGACCAAGAAGGCGAAGAAAAACCCUUCUUUGCUUACCUACCUUUCACUGCGCCUCACUGGCCUUUACAAGCGCCGCGCAAUCUCAUCGAAAAGUACAAGGGAACGUACGCUGACGGCCCGGAUGCGCUCCGCACUAAGCGGCUUCAGAGAUUGGUCGACUUAGGUAUUGUCAAGCCCGAUGUGAAUGCUGCACCUAUGCCUAGGCACGACUGGGACAAUAUGAGCGUAGAAGAACGCACAGAAUCCGCGCGGAAGAUGGAGGUGUACGCUGCUAUGGUUGAAUCGAUCGACGAGAAUAUCGGUCGGGUAGUUGAACACCUUGAGAGGAACGGCGAACUAGAUAACACUUUCAUACUGUUCAUGUCUGAUAACGGUGCCGAAGGUGCAAUGCUCGAGGCCCUUCCGUUGAUGGGCACCGUUGGCACCGUUAACAAAAUCAUCGACAAGUACUAUGAUAACAGUCUGGAGAAUAUGGGUGCUAGUAACAGCUUCAUUUGGUAUGGCUCCGAGUGGGCAUCAGCAUCGAUGGCGCCUUCAAGAGGAUUCAAAACUUGGAUAACGGAGGGUGGUAUACGAUGUCCAUGUCUGAUACGAUACCCUCCAUCGCACGAUGGUGAUAAGUCUUUGCCCGCUGGCUCGUUUACAGACUCCUUUUGUACAGUUAUGGAUGUCCUGCCAACUGUGCUGGAUCUGGCUGGGGUCAAACCACCAGGUAGCAAUUUUAGGGGUCGAGAAGUAGUCCCAGUUAGGGGUGCUACAUGGGUGCCGCACUUAGAGGGUAACCAACCUGGUUUCCACGACGAGACCGAGGAAAUUACUGGUUGGGAGCUGUUCGGUCUUCGGGCAAUUCGAAAGGGGAAUUGGAAAGCUCUAUGGAUGACGGCGCCUCGUGGCCGAGAGCAGUGGGAGUUGUAUAAUCUUGAGGAGGAUCCAGCAGAGAUACACGACUUGGCGGAAAAAGAGCCGCAAAAGCUCGAGGAGAUGGUCGCGCAUUGGGAAACAUACUAUGCCGAGACUGGCAUGUUCGAUUAUGGCCACGAAUUUGGGUACGUUAAGUACUGCUAG